UACAAUUUACCAUAGGGGCGGGGCGGCUUUCUACACAUGCGCACGGUCGCGGGCCUUCUUCCUUCUCGCCGAACGCCGCCAACAUGGUGUUCAGGCGCUUCGUGGAGGUUGGCCGGGUGGCCUACGUCUCCUUCGGGCCUCAUGCCGGGAAGCUGGUCGCGAUCGUAGAUGUGAUUGACCAGAACAGGGCUUUGGUUGAUGGACCUUGCACUCAAGUAAGGAGACAGGCCAUGCCUUUCAAAUGCAUGCAGCUCACUGACUUCAUCCUCAAGUUCCCACACAGUGCCCGCCAGAAAUACGUCCGAAAAGCCUGGGAGAAGGCAGAUAUCAAUACAAAAUGGGCAGCCACAAGAUGGGCCAAGAAGAUUGAAGCCAGAGAAAAGAAAGCCAAGAUGACAGAUUUUGAUCGUUACAGAGUCAUGAAGGCAAAGAAAAUGAGGAACCGAAUAAUCAAGCUUGAAGUUAGGAAGCUUCAAAAGGCAGCACUUCUGAAAGCGUCUCCCAAAAAAGCACCUGCUGCUAAAGGUGCAGCUGCAGUUGCAGCUGUAGCAUCUGCUGCAAAGGUUCCAGCAAAAAAGAUGGCUGCUGCAGGCAAGAAGGCUCCAGCCCAGAAGGUUCCCACCCAGAAAGCUGCAGGCCAGAAGGCAGCACCUCCAAAAGCUCAGAAGGGUCCGAAAGCUCCAGCCCAGAAAGCACCUGCUCCAAAGGCAUCUGGCAAGAAAGCAUAAGAACAUAAAAGGCUAUUACAAAACUGAGCCAUCCUGCCACCUGUUGGCAGCUCUUCGGCAGUUCAGCGCGGGCUGAGAAUCGAACCGGUGACCGUGUUGCUCAGAGCUCGCACUCUUUGAGUGAGCUUUUAACCAACUGAGCCACUUGGCCGGUCCUGGAUUUGUUCAUUUUUUAUCUUCACUGUAUCCUCUGGUUUUUCUUCCACUUAGCAUUUAUGAAUGGUAAAUGUUGCUUACCUGUCUGAAAGUAUUUUGCCUUUAUACAAACUAUUUCUUACAGCAUCUCUGAUAGCAAAUGUAUGGUUUUUUUCUCCCACACCAACCAGUUUAAUUCUGACACUUGACUACCCAGAGUUAAGAUCGGACCCCACUUCAGAUUCCAAUUGCAAGUCCUGGGCCUCCUGUACUUCUGACUGACUAGCUAUAAAUUGGACUACCUCCUCAGGUUUGAUCAUUUACUAGAAAAACAGAGAACUGGGGGAAACGGAACUGUUACCAGUUUAUUACAAAGGAUAAAAUUCAGCAACAGCCAGAGAGAUACAUAGGGCAAGGUGUUAGGGAAGGGACAGGGAGCUUCCAUGGUCUCCAGCUUGCCACCCGCUGCACCCAGUUUGUUCACUAACCUGAAAGUUAGUUCUCUGAAUGGCCUGUGCCUUUAGGGUUUUUUUUUUUUUUUUGGAGGCCUAUUAUAUAGGCAUGAUUGAUUAAACCAUGCGCCAUUGGUGACUAGUACAAUCUCCAGCCCCUCAGCAGGGGUGGGGGUGAAAGUUCCAAUCCCAUGGUUGGUUCCUCUGGUUUUUGUCUCCCACCCUGAAGCUAUUUAGGAGUCCCCGGCCACCAGUCACAAGCAUACAGGAAGACAAUACUCAAGAUUCCAGGGGUUUUAGAAGAUUCCUGUCAGCAAAUGGGGACAGGCCAAAACAUGUAUUUCUUACUCGUAUGUCACAAUAUUAUACCUUGUAUCUGUGAUGGUUUAGCUCUUUGGAGUUCCAGAUUCAAAAUGGUUUUUUUUUUAGAACUAGGAAUAUCCUCGAGCGCCCUUACUUGCUCUUAAGUCUGGACUGGGUACUGUGGGGAAACGCAGGGACUGGAACCAGAAUUGUGGAGUAUUUUGUUCCAGCCAACCAUGCCAUUCAUCCAGGAACAGGAGGGUGAGGAAAGGAUGAGAUAAGUCUGGAAUAUUUUGAGUUGUAGGAACUGGUGGGAUAGUCAAUGAUGCACGGGUCUCUAAGCUCAAAGCUAUCUGUACAAUGCCUGGCCAAAAGGAAGCACUAUUGCCAUGAUUAUUAUAUCUCGACUGGAGAAAGAUACAGUUUUAAUAGCAGAGUGGUGAUACAGGGAUAUAGUCAUGCACUGCACAGCAACGUUUUGGUCAGCAGUAGAGCACAUGUAGGACAGUGUGGUCCUGUAAGAUUAUGAUGGAGCUGAAAAAUUCAUCUAGUGACACCCUAGCUGUCCUAACGUAGCUCAAUACAUUGUUUGCCGUGAAGCUGGUGUUAGUAAAGCUGCCGCCAGUCAUGAAACUAGCACAUGUAGUUAUGUACAGUACAUGAUGAUAAACAACUUGCUGUUUAUUUACUAUGCUAUCCUUUUUAUCGUUAUUUUACAGUGCAUUCUUUCUACAUAUAUGAAAGUUGACUGUAAAACAGUAUUUCGCGUCCAGUCAGCAGUAGCCCCAUACAUCUUGUUCUUACUGUCUCUUGAUUGUGUAAUUGUCUCUUAGUGCUUCAUUUACUCUUGUGUUUUAUCAAUUCAGUGUAGCCUGAGUGUGCAGUGAUUACGAAGUCCCCAGUAGUGCACAGUCGUGUCCUAGGCCUUCACCUUCCCUCACUCACUCACUCUCACCCAGAGCACCUUCCUGUCCUGCAGGCUCCAUUCGUGGUAAGUGCCCUCCCUGCACAGGUGUACAUGCUUCAUCUUUGUACCGUAUUACUAUACCUUCUCUAUCUUUUGAUGUUUAGAUACACAGAUACCGUUGUGUUACAAUUGCCUACAGUAUUCAGGGCAGUAACAUGCUGCACAGGUUUGUAGCCUCAGAGCAAUAGGCGGCUCUCCCAUACAGCCCAGGUGUGUAGCAGCUAGGCCAUCCAGGUUUGUGUAAGUCACUGAUGUUUGCACAACCACGAAGUAGCCCACAGUGCCUUUCUCAGAACGUAUCCCCAUCCCUAAGUGGUGCAUGGCUAUAAUAAUUUCAGCAACAACAGAACUGGCACUUAUUUUGACUUAUAGUAUAGAACCAGAAGUAAUAAGUGCUUUACAUGA